ACAGAACCUCAUGGAAACCGGUCUGACCCGCUCUUGUUCCCAGGACAGUCUCACGCAGGACUUUGAGCCAACGGGAUCCGAUAUCGCCUUCAUCUCAGGAGGGUUGAGCCUGCGGACACAGAGGGCCUUCUAUCCCUGGAAGAUAAUCUCGCUCAGCUCCAACUAUGUACUCUGCAGGCGUGGAGAUCCUCGGGAUGAUCCUGGCCGUGGCCGGCUGGCUCGGGGUAAUGGUGGCCUGCGGCCUGCCCAUGUGGCGGGUGGCCGCCUACAUCGGUCAGAACAUUGUCAUCUCCCAGGUGAUCUGGGAAGGCUUGUGGAUGAACUGCUCGGUGCAGAGCACAGGCCAGAUGCACUGCAAAGUCCACGACUCCAUGCUGGGGCUGCCGAUGGACCUGCAGGCAGCCCGCGCCCUGGUCAUCGUCUCCAUGGUUCUGUCCAUUGUGGGCAUCGGGCUGUCGGUGGCUGGUGCCAAGUGCACCAACUGUAGCCGAGAUGUGAGCAGUAAACCUCGGCUCGUGGUUUCAGCCGGAGUCACGUUUGUGGUGGCCGGACUGCUGCUGCUGGUGGCCGUGUCGUGGACUGCGCACGCCAUCGUCAUCGGCUUUUACGACCCGAUGCUGGAGGAGACGGGGAAGAGGGAGUUUGGUAAUGCUCUGUACUUCGGAUGGGCUGCCUCCUGCCUGCUCAUCCUAGGGGGAGCCCUGCUCUGUUGCUCUUGCCCACAGACGGCAGCUACAGCGCCGAGUGGUGGCGGCUCCGUGCCUCCCCGGGUGAACUACACACCCGUGAAGACCAUGUCAGUCAAUGGAUACACAAGAAGGGACUAUGUAUGAGCAUGUGUGUGCACAUGAUGACAGUGUUAGUGAAUCUGUGCUCAUGAGAGGGUUGUGAAUGCAGCAUCUUGGGUUUAAAUGUUGAAUGUGAAUUAUUGCUGCAUGUCUCACGAUGUGUUUUUCUGUAGAGGUGCUUUUAAUAUUUUGUAUCAAACAUCAGUUCACUUUACUUGUUGAUGUUCUGCUUUUUUUAAGAAAUACUAAGACAUUGUCUGAUUCUGAGUAAUUUUACAACACUACAAUAAAAGAACUUGUUAAACAAGCCUUCCUCUUAGUGGAGACCGUACGUAACUUUGCAGCUCCACAAUCUGAUUUUCAGCAAAAGGCUGCACAUAUAUGAACAUUAUUACAAAUGUGUAGAUGUGUUUUCAGUCACUUUUUCUGUAACAGCAACACGUGCAGGUUUCUGAUUAAAGAAAAGAAAAAAAUAUA